AUGCUGCAAGACGACUGUGCACUCAUCGUCGACGUCCAAUCCGACACCUCCCCCAUCCAGGAUUUCAACCACCUCGUUCUGCUCCUACACGACAACGACUCAUGCGAACUGGUGUACGUCUGGCAGCUCGCUGGCUUCCAGAGUCGCUUGACGGCCAACCAUGAUCCUAUGAGCCAGGAGAAAUGGACAAUGUCAGGGGAUAACCCUCGACCCUACAACCAAGACUGGUCAAUCCGGCGCGAGCCACCCAAGUGUGGGACCUGGGCUCGCCCAAAGCUCAGGAGUGAGCGUCGCUUCUACAGUGACAAGCGUCCCGACAAUUCUUACAGCUGCAGCCGAUGCAGACUACGCCGUGCCAAUCAGAACGGCGGACGAGCAAAUCGUGAACGAAUCGUUGAUGAACCUUCUGAAGAUGCUGACAAUGCGUAUUCCAUCUGUGGUCUGUCGAUGGAGCUCUGGCCGGAGACCGUUUGA